UAUUUGUACGUAUAGCGGGAAAACAACGUGAGUUACUUGUCAAGCUGUGAUGUUAUGAUGAUAAGUUUCUAAAUAGAUGGUUGCAUUUUCCACUUUAUCUCCUGUAUGCAGUUAACUUUUGAAUGCCCUAUACAUAAAAAAUGAAUAUUUUGGUGUAGCUGUUAUGUUCUACCUGCCUCUGGAGCCCCAGGUCUCGGACACAAGUUAAACAAAAAUGGAGAAUUAUGAAAAACAAGUGAAUAAUGUUUCUCCAGAACCGAUUCUUCCAAGCGAAAAUGAUUUGAUAUUGAAAGUCAAUGGAGGGGAGCUACACUGCAACAAAUCAAAAAUGAUGGAGAGCAGCGAGUUUUUCCGAGGAAUGUUUGAGAGUGAUAUGAAAGAGGCCAAAGCAAACUGUGUCCAAGUUCAAGAAACGGACAUAGAAGCCAUGGCAGCAGUCGUCGAUUUCUGUAUGACAGGCAGGAUAGAAAUGUCCUCAGAUACUGUUCACUGUGUAGCAGAAAUAGCUUGUAAAUACCAGGUUCCGAGGCUGAUUUCAAUGUGCAGCUUCUUUCUUCGGGAUUCGAUGACCGACGAGAACUGCCUGUCUACAAUGUUUUUUGCGGAGACAUUCUUCCUGAAAGAGGCAUAUAGCAAAUCCAAAAAUUACGUCCUCUGGAAUUUCAUGAAUUUGAUUGAGAAAGAAGAAUUUUUAGAAAUGGACGUUUGCCAUUUGAAGACUAUCAUCGACCACCCACAGUUAAAUGUUAAAUGUGAGUUAGAAACCUUAGAGGCUAUUCUGUGUUGGGUUAACCACAGAAGGAGAGAAAGGAUUGUUUUACUGUCAGAGAUACUGCAGGAGACUAAGCUGUUAGAUUUCUGUUAUGGUGCCGACCUUGAACUGAUGAAGAACAGUCCAGACAUCGUCGACAACUGUAGUGGUGAUCUUAUAUCAAAGAUGAAUGCGGUUAAAAAUUAUGAAAAGAGAGUGCGUUGUAUACCCCAUCAACUGAUUUCUGUUGGUGCUCACGUGGAGAGUGAUACUUCUGAAGACGAGAAAGAAAUGAAGUUACACCGUGGACAUAUUGUGUCCUAUGACGUGGAUACUGGUCACAUGAUGCCCUACACGGAAACUCCCGAUGGGUGCUUAGUUUCACAUGAUGUGUUGAUGGGAAAAAAGGGAUACAGUGCAUGUGUUCAAGGAGAGAAAAUAUUUAUGAGUGGAGGAGAAAAUACUCUGGGUAAAAACACCUGGAUGAUGACAAUUUGGUGUUAUAGCUCGCUAGAGAAAACCUGGAGUGUGGUGGCCAAGCUCAGGACACCACGGAGACAUCACGCCAUGUGCACCCUGGGGAAAUCUUCGCUGCUUCUGAUGGGUGGAUUCGGUCGAUACAGAUAUCGUCUCGACUCUGUGGAGGAAUGGAAUUGUGAAACUAGGAAAUGGUGUCACAGAGCUCCAUUGCCAGAGAAGAUGGUUAACAUCAGGGCUUGUCAGUGUAAGGAGAAAGUGUUUGUGACCAAGAAUGGAUCUCCCUCGUCUCUUUUCUCGUAUAAUCCCCAAGCAGACCAGUGGACAAGCCACCCUCUUCAGUUUAACUUUGGGGAUCUGGCUUUUGAUGCGAAAAGGAUCUGGAUGAUACCUGAUGAUGAACUACUGUAUGUAGGAUUAGACAAUAUGGACACUGUCCUUCAAUUCAACACCAUUACACACCAAGAAAUGAGAUGUUCACUAUUCAAUAACCAGGGAACUUUUGAUGCAUCAACUUAUGAUUUCCUUCAGUUGAUUCCAGAAUAUUUAAAUGAAACGUGUGAAGUCUUUCAGGCUUUGAGAAGAGUUUUUCACAUACAGGGUAAUGUUUGUAGAGACAGGUUAUGCUCAUUUUUUGUUUGUUUUGUCAAGAAUGAGGUUUUCGCUCUUCCUUAUUUUCCAGACUAGAUAUGAAAGCAGUGUGCAUGUGCACAUUCACUAUUGAAAUCAAUGACCAAUAAAAAAAAAAUUGUUUGA